AUGCCUAACGAGGCGAACAAUUGGAUUGCCACUUACCAUUUGAUUUUAUUGAGCGACUUCUCUUUUCCGCUGACACUGGCAAAGACCACAGGCCCUUGUUCCGAGGCCUGUCUGCUCCAGGGGUAUAAAAGGGGGGAGGAUCUGGUGUUCUGCCUCAACCAACUCUUCCUUCAGCAUUUCUGCUACUCUUCUCCAGAGCUUCUUCACCACCACAGGUAAGAGCCGGGGAUCUCUGUGUUUCACUGGAGGGUUGGGAACGACAGUUGGGUUAGGGUGGCAGAUCUUGGGGAUGUAGAUGCAACUACAAUCUGAAAACACCUCGGAACUCUUACUGUUUUUGUUGAACAAAUGUAUUUCUGUCAGUAAUAACUGUAUUUUACUCCAUCUAGUGAGCUAUUCCCGUAUGAGUGCUUAUGGAAAUAACGGUCGAUUUGUUGAUCUAAGGCUAUGGUUUCUUUUAGAACAUGCUGAAUGACAAUAUUACCACAGGAUAUGGGUCGUGCCGUCGGCAUUACACAGAAGGAGAAUAGAGAUGUUUCCCACAGCGUAAGAAGUGUUAACAUACCUGUUUCAUUGUCUUUCCCUCCUCCAGCCCAUUAUCAACAUGGCCCUCUGGCUACAAGCUGCGUCUCUGCUGGUGCUGCUGGCCCUCUCCCCCGGGGCAGAGGCUGCAGCUGCCCAGCACCUGUGUGGCUCUCACCUGGUGGACGCCCUCUAUCUGGUGUGUGGAGAGAAAGGAUUCUUUUACAAUCCAAAGAGAGAUGUGGAUCUCCUAACAGGUAAGACACCUCUAGCACUGUCUGAAUUCAAAGACUUCAUAUCCGCUCGACAACUCAACUUGAUCUAAGACACACAAGCUCCUUUCCUUGAUGUUAUGACGCAGCACUCACUCAAUAUAAUUUUUCUCCUCUUGCAGGGUUUCGCUCUCCAAAAUCGGCCCAGGAGAACGAGGUUGCCGAGUACCCCUUCAAAGACCAGAUGGACAUGAUGGUAAAGAGAGGUAUUGUAGAGCAGUGCUGUCACAAGCCCUGCAACAUCUUCGACCUGCAGAACUACUGCAACUGAGGCCUGUCACAGCGCUUCGCCUGCUCUUCCCUCUGCCAAGCUCCACUGCUCAGAGGCAGCAUCCCCAUCUUAGAGAUCUGCUUCAAGUGCAAACAAGAAAUGGCUUUAGACAUGUUUUAUUUUUCCUAGAAAAUAAAGUUCUAUGACAUGAGCAA